UGCCGUAUGGAUUGACGCUUGAUCGUCCUUUUUAUUAUACAUCCCGGCAAGAUCUGGUAGAUACAUCGUCAACCCUCGUCGCUUGUUCACCAUCUCCUGUCCCUUUGUACUUAAGACUCCACACUCCCCGUUACCGCCAACCCAUCGUCCUCUAGAUCAUUAAUAGAAAAGACACUCUCGAUAACACCGAGCAGACAGACACGCGAGUAAUAUUUUUUUCAUCAAGCCAACUCCUGAACCGAAAGCCAUCGUGGGCACGUCCUUGUAAUAGCUUCUCACGACCAUCGUCGGCAAAUCACCAGUCACUAAUACUGCCGUUCUGGAAUCACACACACACGUAUACACCAAGUCCACCGGCCUAACACCCUUCCCGAUUCCCCUUUUAUACAAUGGCAACCGCCAUAUACGCAAGCCAGCCUGGUGCUCAGUACGGAUACCCGCAGCCUCCCCCAUCGCCUCCCAUGGAUGAGACCUCAAAAUGCUCUCUUCCAUCUAUCUCCAAUCUGUUGGUGGUAGCGGACGCUGGAUCGCCGACGACAGAGCAGUCGCCUCAGCCCCAACAAGCAGCAUCGUCAGCCAAGUCUGAGACUCGCCCGAAUUCGUCUCAUUGUGCGAGCAACGGGCCUUCGCGAGCGGCUCUACCGCCCACUCCUCCUAUGAGCUCCGAUGCCUCGUUCGAGGGAUAUAACUCGCCCUCGACCAAAUCAGUUUCCAUAGUUUCGACGCCGAAUUACUAUUACGAGACGACACCGCCUCUGGAGGACCUUCACCGCCACCAUAUGGUGCCUCGGAUUCCCGUGCCGGCCGCGGCGUUCCCGCAGUCAACCUUCACACCGCCGUACAUGACCCAAUCAACGAUCCCACCUUAUUAUUCUGCCCUCGCUGGAGCUCAGCCAGCUCAACCGCAGAUCUCUGGCCUCUACUACCAGAGACCACUACCACAGGCGUUUCCGCCACUUCCAGUAGCGGUCUCUCUGGCGCCGGCUCCGAAUGGCAACCCGUGGCAGCACCAUCACUACAUCUCGCCGUCUUCGGCAGCCUCCUUCCCACAGUCGCAAGACCGCUACGUCUGCCAGACCUGCAGCAAGGCGUUCUCGCGGCCCAGCUCCCUGCGCAUUCACAGCCACUCGCACACGGGCGAGAAGCCUUUCAAAUGCCCCCACGCCGGUUGCGGGAAAGCGUUCAGCGUACGGAGCAACAUGAAGCGGCACGAACGGGGAUGCCACAACCUGGAUAACUGAGGCGGCCUUGGCUACGUGGGAUCCGCAGAGACAACACACGCACAUACAUCCACACACACGCCCACCGAUAAUGCCUUCACGUUCGAUAAUGUCAUUGUUUAACCACUAAUAUCACUCGCAAGGGGAAGGGAUCGAAAAAGAAAGAGCUAGGGAAAUGAGGGAUGCAUUUUUGAUACCCCACACAGGAUUGCGAUAUGAUCUGAACGGCCGGCCACCUCUCCAAAGUACAUUAUUUUCGCUCCCCUUC